AUGGAUUCUUUUCUCCAAUUAAGUGCCAUUGCUGUCUUUCUCACCUUAAUCUUUUGCUACAAGGUAUUGCUUGGACAGCAAAAGACAAAUGCAGAUGACAAGACUAGAACGGCUCCUCAACCAAAAGGUGCAUGGCCAAUUCUUGGCCACCUCCACCUAUUGGGCGGCAGUGAUCAGCUUCUUUACCGAACACUUGGAGCAAUGGCUGAUAAGUAUGGGCCUGCAUUUACAAUCCGCCUAGGCAGUCGCUGUGCGUUUGUGGUUAGUAGCUGGGAACUAGCAAAAGACUGCUUUACAAUUAAUGAUAAGGCGCUAGCUUCACGUCCUUCUACAGUAGCAGCAAAGCACAUGGGUUACAAUUAUGCUGUGUUCGGAUUUGCACCUUACAGCCCCUUCUGGCGUGAGAUGAGAAAAAUUGCAACACUUGAACUUCUCUCAAACCGCAGGCUUGAGAUGCUCAAGCAUAUUCGCAUUUCUGAAGUUGACAUGGGAAUAAGAGAACUAUACAAUUUAUGCCAUGACAACGGUUCCAGUCCAGUGCUUGUUGAACUUAAACAGUGGUUAGAGGACCUGACACUUAAUGUGGUUGUUAGAAUGGUGGCUGGGAAACGUUACUUUGGUGCAUCUGCUGUCUGUUCUGAUGGCGAGGCAAGAAGGUGUCAAAAGGCAAUAAAAGAGUUCUUUCGUCUAAUUGGUAUGUUUGUUGUUUCAGAUGCACUUCCUUUCCUUUGGUGGUUAGACGUGCAUGGUCAUGAAAAGGCAAUGAAAAAGACGGCCAAGGAGUUGGAUGAUCUACUUGAGGCCUGGCUAAAGGAGCAUCGCCAGAGAAGGAUUUCUGGUGGAAUCAAGGCUGAAGGGGAGCAGGACUUCAUUGAUGUAAUGUUGUCCCUUCAGGAGGAAGGUCACCUCGCAAAUUUUCAGUAUGAUGCAGAUACUAGCAUCAAGUCUACAUGCCUGGCACUUAUCCUUGGUGGCACUGAUACAACAGCAGGGACACUGACAUGGGCCAUCUCAUUACUUCUGAAUAAUCCUAAGUUGUUGAAGAAGGCCCAAGAGGAAUUGGACCUCCAGGUUGGCCGGGAAAGGUUAGUAGAUGAGUCGGAUGUACAAAAUCUUGUGUAUCUUCAAGCCAUUAUCAAAGAAACCUUACGCCUCUAUCCAGCUGGUCCUCUACUUGGACCCCGGGAAGCCAUGAACGACUGCACCAUUGCUGGCUAUCAUGUCCCAGCCGGCGCCCGCUUGGUAGUAAAUGUCUGGAAAAUUCAAAGAGAUCCAAGAGUAUGGUCAAAUCCAUCUGCAUUCAAACCAGAGAGAUUUCUCACAAGCCAUGCCAAUGUUGAUGUUAGAGGUCAACAAUUUGAACUCAUUCCAUUCGGCUCGGGAAGACGAUCAUGCCCUGGUGCAUCAUUUGCUCUCCAACUUCUUCAUUUGACACUUGCUCGUUUUCUCCACGCAUUCGAGCUAUCAACUCCUUUGGAUCAGCCUGUUGACAUGACGGAGAGCCCAGGUUUAACCAUUCCAAAAGCCACCCCAUUGGAGGUUCUACUUGAGCCCCGUCUCCCAGCUAAUGUCUUUGCCUUGUAAUCAGGGUACGGAGGAUAUGGUUGGAGAUGCAACUCGAGUAAAUAACACCAACUAGAAUGGAAUAUUUUAGUUGAUAUCGUUAUAUAUUCUGUUAUAUUCAAUACUGUGGUUUGAGU